AUGCUUGGUCGGGGUUUAAAAAUAACUGGUUUAGCCAGUCUAGCUUCAGCAACCCUGUACAGCAAUCCUGAUUCUGUACAUAGUAGUCAUGUACAAACCGUUCUAGAUCCUUCCUCUACUUCUGGUCCGGAGAUAUAUCAGGUACAAACCGUUCUAGAUCCUUCCUCUACUUCUGGUUCGGAGAUAUAUCAGGUACAAACCGUUCUAGAUCCUUCCUCUACUUCUGGUCCGGAGAUAUAUCAGGUACAAACCGUUCUAGAUCCUUCCUCUCCUCCUGGUCCGGAGAUAUAUCAGGUAGAAUCCGUUCUAGAUCCUUCCUCUACUCCUGGUCCGGAGAUACCUCAGGUAAAAUCCGUUCUAGAUCCUUCCUCUACUUCUGGUUCGGAGAUAUAUCAGGUACAAACCGUUCUAAAUCCUUCCUCUCCUCCUGGUCCGAUCAGGUACCGUUUUAUAUAUUCUUCCUCUCCUCCUGGUCCGGAGAUAUAUCAAGUACAAACCGUUCUAUAUUCUUCCUCUCCUCCUGGUCCGGAGAUAUAUCAGGAAGAGCUUUUUGAAACUAAGGAUUCUCACGAGAAUUCAGGAACUGACGCUAAAUCUGGAUCAAGUGCAGGUCGAGGGGAAGAUCAAAUUGAUUUCAGAGUUUACAAUGCGGACCAAGUAGUCCGGCCUAACGAGCUCGGCCGGCAGCAGGUCCAGCAGGAGAAACUCAAAUCGGCCAUCAGUAAAGCCAGGGAUCUGUGUUGGUGUAAGAUGUAUGAGGCUGGGUCUCCUGGCAUGGUUGUAUGUAUAUCUGUCAAUGGAAAGAUUGUAUGGCAGCAUGGGUUUGGAUAUUCUGAUCUUGAGAACCGUCUACUUGUUGGAACAGGAUGUAUCAUGAGGAUUGCCAGCAUCAGCAAGUCCUUGACCAUGGCGGUGCUCGCUAAACUUGUUGAGGAGGGGAAAGUUAAUCUAGAUGAUAAUAUAUCGAAGUAUAUUCCGUCCUGGCCGGAGAAGAUUAUUGAAGGGGAGAAGGUUGAGCUGACCGUUAGACAGCUGUGCUCUCAUAUUUCCGGGGUCAGACACUAUGAUAAAAAGGAUGAAGAUGAGACGAGCCCGGAGUUUGAUAAGAAAGAAUAUUACCUACAGAAAGAGUUUAAAUCCACUGAAGAAGCUCUUGCUCUGUUUAAAGACGACGCGCUUAUGUCAAAACCAGGGACCAAGUUUUUGUACUCAACACACGGCUUUACCCUUCUAGCAGCUGUUAUUGAAAACGUUACAGGGGAAAAAUUUGAUAAAUACAUGAAGAAACAGUUUCGUGAGCUAGGAAUGAACAACACAUAUCUUGACGAGAACGGUCCCAUUAUCUACAACAGAUCUAAGUACUACGUUCGGGAUGCGCAUCAUCGGUUGAAGAAUGCCCCGUAUGUUGAUUGUAGCUACAAGUGGGCGGGUGGAGGAUUUUUGUCUAAUGCUCAGGAUUUAACAAGAUUUGGCAAUGCUAUGCUGUACAGUUACCAGCGUAAACCAACCAAGUCGGAGAAAUCGGGAAACCCUAACUCCUCCAAGGCCCUGGAACCUGUGCCUGGUCCUGUUCCUGAUGAGAAGGCGGACCUCAAGACAGAGUCCAGUCCUGGAACUGAAGCAGAUGAGAAUAUCAAGGAGAAAAGCGUUCCUAUCCUUAUCAAUCAAUCAAUCAAGCCUGGAGAUAUAAAAACCUGUGAUAAUCAUGCAAAUAAUAACCUUACCACCUCCGCCGACUCUGCUGAAGAGGCUGAUAAUGAAAACUAUGUUGGAAUAGAAGAUGUGGAGAACUCUAUCGCUCAAGAUGUUGUUUUUCAACCGGGACCUUUUAGUGCUGUGAAUAAGCAGGCCCCGACUAGGAAAUUUCUCCCAGGUUACUUAAAAUCUGAGACAGUCCAAGAAAUGUGGAAACCUGUACCUAGCACAAAAUUGGGGUCUUCAGAAGGAUUGUAUUUGGUGGAUUCAUCUGGAGUCUCUAAAGAACUGGGCGCAGAUGGUCGCAUGUACGUCAGGGGCGUGAAGUCAAUGAUCCUGGGGGUCAUGACCUCCAAAAUUUGCUUACCUCUGGAGGUCAAAUAUGAAAUCAAUGCAAAUAAUGCAUAUGAGUCAGCUCCAAGCUCAGGAGUAGUUGAUCAGAACAGUUUACCCCAGGGAGUAGUAGUGUCUAUACUCUGCAAUCUACAAGGUGUUGGUCUGAACAAGCUUGCAGUGGAUAUUGCUAAAUCAUUUGAAGGAGUUAUUACAGAGAAACCGGUGAAAGUUCAGAAGAUUUAUCAGUGUUAAAGAAUUCAUUUGUCACUAGCUCGGAGAGUACAGAGUAUCAAAGUAUCAUAUAGUCAAUAUUGAAGCAAUGAAAGGGACUGUAGACAAGAUUUCAAGCGAUACUUCAUUUUUUGGAUAGGAAGUCUUAUGAUAUGUCCAAUGUCCAUGUUUUAUGGUCAUAAAUUGUUUAUUCUCACUUGUGGGUGUUCAACACAAGUUACUUGCGGGAUUCUGGUACAGAAACAGAGCUAAAAAUGACUAUAUCUUCCUAUUAAUGAGGGGUCACUGAAAAUUACGAUGAAAGUUCUUAAAAUAGGAUUUAACAAGAAACAAAUUGUCAACAUUGUGCGUUGGGCACGCUUACAGUGACCCGAUCUUUAUGUGAAUUAAAAAGAAAGAAAACAGAAAAUCGUCCAACUCGUAAUCAAUGUUCUUCUAGAAAAAUUGUUUAUUUUUAUUUUGAGAUGUUUAAAUUGGCUUUCUAGUUAAGUACAGAGUUUAAUAGAACAUUAUAUGAACAUUAAAAACUUUUAAAAUC